GGGUAUCUUUGUACUUUUUUCAGCUUGAAACUAUAUCUGGGACACUAGUGUUACGUUGGGUGAAUUCACAACUUGGAAGAAUAUUAUCAUGGGUUGAACGUGCUAUUCAACAAGAGGCAUGGAAUCCGAUAUCGGCUCAACAACGACAUGGGAGUUCAAUUGUUGAAGUUUACCGGAUUGUGGAAGAGACAGUUGAUCAAUUUUUUGCUCUCAAAGUUCCAAUGAGAUCUGGGGAACUGAAUAGCCUAUUGAAUGGAAUUGAUAAUGCCUUUCAAGUUUAUACAAAUCAUGUUGUCGACAAGCUAGUUAGCAAAGAAGAUCUCAUACCACCUGUGCCUAUUCUCACACGAUACAAAAAAGAAAGUGGAAUUAAGGCAUUUGUGAAAAAAGAAAGUGUUGACCCAAGGCUGCCUGAUGAGAGACGGAGCAGUCAAAUUAACGACCUAACAACACCAAAACUCUGUGUUCGACUGAAUACUCUUUUUUACGCAAUUAGUCAAUUGAACAACUUGGAAGAUAGCAUUCAACAACGGUGGACAAAGAAAAAGCCUCGCGAAAAUUUGAAUAUCAGUAUGUCUUAAACUUAAGAAAUGUUUGUUUUCUUCUUUCAUUAUCUUCUUCCUUCCAUUUUCAGUCAUUAU